GAAUUAUGCAUGACGGCGUGUCUUGGCCAGACUUUGGCUGGGCGGGGAUUGGCUACAGGGGCUGUAAUUCAGCGGUUUCCGGAGCUGCGGCGGCGUAGACGCGGAGGGGACCUAGGGGUUCCGACAUCUCAGCCUAGGGAACCGGCCCCAACCGGAUCCUUGACUAGCACCCCUGCUAGGCGCUGUCCCUCCGCGUCCGGUUGGAGAAGCCCAGCGGCCUGAGGGAGCCCAGCCGCCCGCAUCCGGCGCAAGCGCAGCCCAGGCCUGUUGACCUCAGCCGGAGAAACAGUUGGGACCCCUGAUUCCAGCAGGAUGGCCCAAUGGAAUCAGCUACAGCAGCUGGACACACGGUACCUGGAGCAGCUUCACCAGCUGUACAGUGACAGCUUCCCCAUGGAGCUACGGCAGUUUCUGGCACCUUGGAUUGAGAGUCAAGAUUGGGCAUAUGCCGCCAGCAAAGAAUCACAUGCCACUUUGGUGUUUCAUAAUCUAUUGGGUGAGAUUGACCAGCAAUAUAGCCGGUUCCUGCAAGAGUCGAAUGUUCUCUAUCAGCACAAUCUGCGAAGAAUCAAGCAAUUCCUUCAGAGCAGGUAUCUUGAGAAGCCAAUGGAGAUUGCCCGCAUCGUGGCCCGGUGCCUGUGGGAAGAGAACCGCCUCCUCCAGACUGCAGCCACUGCAGCCCAGCAAGGGGGCCAGGCCAACCACCCCACAGCUGCCGUGGUGACAGAGAAGCAGCAGAUGUUGGAGCAGCACCUCCAGGAUGUCCGGAAGAGAGUGCAGGAUCUAGAACAGAAAAUGAAAGUAGUAGAGAAUCUCCAGGAUGACUUUGAUUUCAACUAUAAAACCCUCAAGAGUCAAGGAGACAUGCAAGAUCUGAAUGGAAACAACCAGUCUGUGACCAGGCAGAAGAUGCAGCAGCUGGAACAGAUGCUGACCGCACUGGACCAGAUGCGGAGAAGUAUUGUGAGUGAGUUGGCGGGGCUUUUGUCAGCCAUGGAGUAUGUGCAGAAAACCCUCACGGACGAAGAGCUGGCUGACUGGAAGAGGCGGCAGCAGAUUGCUUGCAUUGGAGGCCCUCCCAACAUCUGCCUAGAUCGUCUAGAAAACUGGAUAACCUCAUUAGCAGAAUCUCAACUUCAGACCCGCCAACAAAUUAAGAAACUGGAGGAGCUGCAGCAGAAAGUUUCCUACAAAGGAGACCCCAUCAUACAGCACCGGCCAAUGCUGGAGGAGAGAAUCGUGGAGCUGUUUAGAAACUUGAUGAAAAGUGCCUUCGUGGUGGAGCGGCAGCCCUGCAUGCCCAUGCAUCCCGACCGGCCGUUGGUCAUCAAGACCGGUGUCCAGUUUACUACUAAAGUCAGGUUGCUGGUCAAAUUCCCUGAGUUGAAUUAUCAGCUUAAAAUUAAAGUAUGCAUUGACAAAGACUCUGGGGAUGUUGCAGCUCUCAGAGGAUCCCGGAAAUUUAACAUUCUGGGCACAAACACCAAAGUGAUGAACAUGGAGGAGUCCAACAACGGCAGCCUCUCGGCAGAGUUCAAGCACUUGACCCUGAGGGAGCAACGAUGUGGGAAUGGGGGUCGAGCCAACUGUGACGCCUCCCUAAUUGUGACCGAGGAGCUGCACCUGAUCACCUUUGAGACUGAGGUGUAUCACCAAGGCCUCAAGAUCGACCUAGAGACCCACUCUUUGCCAGUUGUGGUGAUCUCCAACAUCUGUCAGAUGCCAAAUGCCUGGGCAUCGAUCCUGUGGUAUAACAUGCUGACCAACAACCCCAAGAAUGUGAACUUUUUCACCAAGCCCCCAAUUGGAACGUGGGAUCAAGUGGCUGAGGUGCUAAGCUGGCAGUUCUCCUCCACGACGAAGCGCGGGCUGAGCAUCGAGCAGUUGACUACGCUGGCAGAGAAACUCCUGGGACCUGGUGUGAACUAUUCAGGGUGUCAGAUCACGUGGGCUAAAUUUUGCAAAGAAAACAUGGCUGGCAAGGGCUUCUCCUUCUGGGUCUGGCUGGACAAUAUCAUUGACCUUGUGAAAAAGUACAUUCUGGCCCUUUGGAAUGAAGGGUACAUAAUGGGCUUCAUCAGUAAGGAGCGGGAGCGGGCCAUCCUGAGCACCAAGCCCCCAGGAACCUUCUUGCUAAGAUUCAGUGAAAGCAGCAAAGAAGGAGGAGUCACCUUCACUUGGGUGGAAAAGGACAUCAGCGGUAAGACCCAGAUCCAGUCAGUGGAACCAUAUACCAAGCAGCAGCUUAACAACAUGUCAUUUGCUGAAAUCAUCAUGGGCUAUAAGAUCAUGGAUGCCACCAACAUCCUCGUGUCUCCUCUGGUCUAUCUCUACCCUGACAUCCCUAAGGAAGAAGCUUUCGGGAAGUAUUGUCGGCCUGAGAGCCAGGAGCAUCCCGAAGCAGACCCAGGUAGUGCUGCCCCAUACCUGAAGACCAAGUUUAUCUGUGUGACCCCAACGACCUGCAGCAAUACCAUUGACCUGCCGAUGUCCCCCCGCACUUUAGAUUCAUUGAUGCAGUUUGGAAAUAAUGGUGAAGGUGCUGAACCGUCAGCAGGAGGGCAGUUUGAGUCCCUCACAUUUGACAUGGAGUUGACCUCGGAGUGCGCUACCUCCCCCAUGUGAGGAGCUGAGGACGGAAGCUGCAGAGAGAUAUGGCUGAGGCGCCUACCUGUGCUCUCCCACCCCUUACACAGACAAACCCCAGAUCUUCUGAAACUCCGCACUCUGUGGUUCCAGAUUUUUUUUUUUUUUUUAAUCUCUUACUUCUGCUAUCUUUGAGCAAUCUGGGCACUUUUUAAAAUAGAGAAAUGAGUGAA